AUGCUCAGCGCUGGUCGACGUGGAGAGUCGUUUUACUGCCAUUUGAUGGACAAAUCUAUUUACUUUAUUAGACUGUAUGGUAUGUAUAUUUUCCAGCGUUAUUUAGUAGGCUAUCUAUAUUUUUGCCACUUGCUGUGAGAGAAUGAAUACAUAAAAAUGCUACCUGUGUGUGUGGCUAUAUCAGCAUAUUUGGUUUCUCCUAUUCACCUGCUGCUGCGGUUAUUGAAAUAUAUUUAUUUGAGGGAAAAAAAACUAUUAUUAUAACACUUGGAAUGAAUUUCAGUAUAAAUCUGGAUGUGGUUUGACUAAUCUCAUAACAUUUUAAAGAGACAGCAGGACUAAAACUUGCUGACCUAGAUAAUCCCCUCCAUAUGCUGCACAGUCAGAGGAAAACACAACACUAAAACACAUCCGUAGAACAGUAGGCUAGAUCUGAUCAGAACCUGUAGAAUCUUAAAGAAUAUUAGAUUAUUCUAGAUUAUACCAUGGCAUUGUUGAAUACUUAUUUCUGAUUGGAUUGAUGGGCAUUCUAGAGUGUGCAUUAUUUAAGAAAUAAGGCACAAGGGGGCGUGGUAUACAGCCCUUAGCCAUGGUAUACUGGCCAUAUACCACAAACCCCAGAGGUGCCUUAUUGCUAUUAUAAACUGGUUACCAACGUAAUUAGAGCAGUAAAAAUAAAUGUUUUAUCAUACCCGUGGUACACGGUCUGAUAUACCACGGCUGUAAGCCAAUCAGCAUUCAGGGCUCGAACCACCCAGUUUAUAAUUCCCUGUAACGCACAGUAUAUUUGCACAGUAGAAUUCAAUGGCUAUAGUUCAUUCUUACAUGUUCUAUGUUUGAGCUGCUUUUGAAAGCAAAUGUCGAAUUGAAAACAUUAUUGCCAUUGUUGAAUUCGAUUUUCAUAAUAGCAAGCUAGGACUGAUGGUUUGGUUAGUUAAACUAGCAAGUCUGUUUGUUUGGUUACCACGGCAACUACUAUAGCUAUCUAGUAAACUUGCUAGCUACUUCAGUGGAUGUUGAACACAUUUCUACUGGCAAAUGAACACAUUUCUAGCGGUAAAUGUAUUAAAUUAUAGCCAUUGUAUAAAAGGGAUAAUCAACUCGGUGCUCUACGCGUUCUCUGGAAAAUAAUGCAACUGUGGAAGGUCAGUUCUACUCCACUAGCGCAUCGGGGACACACCUUCCACGUUUUUUCAUAAUUUUCCAUAGAACGCAUAGCCCCUCGUUGAUUAUCCCUUACAUAGAAUAUGAGAGUAGAAUAUAAAACAGCAAUAAAGAAAGAUCCACAUAAGAGCAAUCUAACACUUGGCUGAGGUAUCAUCUUAGUUAUUCCACACAGCAAAUUCUCCAGUUUUAAAUGUAACACUAAGAGUGUUAAAUUAAAACUGAAAGUGUUGCCCCGUAUAGACACUGGAACAGUGUUAAAUUGACACACUGCUUGGUGUAAAGCCUUAUUUCCCAGAGUGCCUUGCUUUUUGAGUGAAUUGUAGCGUUAUCACCCAUAACUGUAUUUGUUAGUGACAGAGACAUGGUUGUUGCAUUCAUCCAUUUUCAGUCCUGUGGACUUUACCAAGUGAGAUCGUGAGCGAAUAUGUUAUCAUUAAAAUUUAAUUAUUUAACACAAUAUAAUGCGUAUUUCAUAAGACCUUAUUUUGAGGGCCUACACUCUAAACAUAACAAUUAACUCUGUAAGUGUUGAAUUAACACUCAUUGGUGUAAAAUGCCCAAGUGUUGGUGUUAUUAACCAGAGUUGAACCAAGUACAUUAUCAUAUUUUCCAGCAUGCUGUAUUGCAGGUUGAUUUUAAGAAUUGUUUGUUUCAAUAUCUAUGUUUUUGCAUGUACAUUGAUUGAUUAAUUAAUCUUAUGCUUCUGAAAUAUAAAUGACAUACAUUUUCUAAACUUAUUGCACCCGUUACUGAAAUGGUUGUUCCAGUUUAGAAGUUUAAGGUAGUCUCAUAUUUCAGUCUUCCCAAUCCUGGCAGUCAUUCUGAAUGCAGAUUGUGGGUGGUAAAAAAUUCCAAAGGUUAGAUAUCCCCACUCUGGCUGGAUUUCAAUCGGAAUUACACAUCACUUUGCAAGUCAGCAUAAUGUGACAGGUUGCAUGAAUAACCCAACAUGUUGGGUUGCUCAGAUUACCCAAACAUGGGUUAAUUUAACCAUCAAUUGGGAUUUUAUUCACUUUCAUGCUGGGUUGACCAAGUAGCUGUGUAUUUUAAAUUUAAUCUAUAGGUUAUUUUCAGUAGGCCUGAUUUAUUAGGGGCUUGGCUGUUAUACAGAUAUUCUUGACCACCCGUGAGAGUAAAUGUAAAUCCAGUUGAUCAUGUAAAGUUUGUACACUGCAAUGUUAAAUUUUCUUUGAAUAUUAUUGCACAUUACAUAUUGUAAUACAAAAAUAUUAACAUUAUUAUUUACAUAUUGCAACAAAGUGGUUACUAUCCCAUUGGGGUUAUCACUUUGGAAUUUGCAUAGGCUUUUAAGGAACGCAUACACUUCUGUAAGAUUAAUUAUAGAUACAAAAGUGUCUGUGUUCGACCGUAACAUGUGAUAACAAUUGAACAGAAAAUAUAAACCGGAAUGACAUUUACUCUCACGGGUGGCCAAAAAUAACUUACUGAAAGGAACACCCCUACUAAGCCAAGCCUCCAGUCUUCUAAUCUGACUUGCUGUGUCAUAUCUCAAUAACCCAGCAUCAACAAACCUUGCUCUUUUAAAAAAAACAACCCAACUAAGGCCUAGAUUCAUUCAGAUCAAGCGUUAACCAGCAAUAGCAGACACCUGCAUAGUGGAUGAUUUGAUGGAACUGUGUUGGAGCUGUCAAAUCGGUGAGCAGCUGCUCUUGCAAUCAUUGUCAGGAAGCCACACCCGCCCCACUCGCGUUAGAAGUUCAGAACGAGAACGUGUAGGCUAUAUAGAAAUAAUUACUCUCAAAUAGAAAAAUCAUUAAACUAAAUAAUCAUUAAACUAAUUGAGCUGUAGAUUUCAUCUCACAUUCAAACUUGUAAACAAGGCUGCAUGGGAUUUCUGUUAAUGCGACUCGGUGCAGCCAAUGGCAAUGUCCGCUUUAGGUACAGUAUAAUGCCAGGAGCUGCAUGUGGAUUUGACAGCUCUAACACAGUUCCACCUCUGACACCGCCAAAACAACCGCAAUGCGAAUGUCGGCUAAAGCAGAUCUGAUUGAAUAGAGCCCUUUGUGACCCAAUGCCUGCAACCCAGCAGUUGGGUCAUCCAAACAACCCAGUAUGUUUAAGUGUAUGCCCUCAAAAUAAGGCCUUAUGAAAUACAUAUUUUAUUGUAUUAAAUAAUUAAAUUUUAAUGAUAACAUAUUCACUUAGGAUCUCACUUGGUGAAGCCCAUAGAACUGAAAAUUGAUGAAUGCAACAAGCAUGUCACUGUCAGUAACAAAUUCAGUCAUGGGCGGUAACCAAAGAUUAUGGAUAUACUGACAAGAUCUGUCUCUCCGCCCUAACAAUGGGAAACAAAGAAAAAACGCCACCUGUUGGAGGGAGUCAGAUUUUCAGCCGAGUUGGGCCUCUCUCUUCCUCUUCCUCUCUGGUGGUAACUCUACAAUUCACUUGAAAGGCAAGGCACUCUGGGAAAUAUGCAAAUAAACUAUUACACUAAGCAGUGUGUUAAUUCAACACUGUUCAGUGUCUAUACGUGUAGUUGGGGACUUGGUGGACUGUAUAUUCUGUAGGGUUAGGUUUUACUUAGCACUAUGUGUUCUCUCCCAGGUGCUUGUAAGGGCAAAGAUGACAGACCGGUAGGAUUCCAGUUGAGGUUGUUUAAUGACGCUGAUUCACAGAGCAGUAACGGCACAGCACAGUGUAUGGCUUGACAAUUGUGUUAACCAAGAGUGUGUGUGGUUCUGAAAAGAGCUACAUUAAAUACAAUAGUAAAUGGCAGGUUAACACAAUAAUAUGGCUACAAUCUGCUACAGCUCUCCUAUGGUGAACUAAUAUUUACUCUCAAUAGUCUUUCGUAUAAUAUGGGUACACAUUUUCUGUGUUAAUUUAACACUGGGGAAUUUGCUGUGCAUUUACACAUGAUAUCUUUUCAGUUUUGACAGUAUAUCAUGGUCUAGUGCAGGGGUGGGCAAACCUUUUGGCUCAAGGGCCACAUUGAGUUUUUGAAACCAAGUGAAGGGCCACAUACUAUACGCGUGACAAAACAUGUGAAGCCUUUUCAUUUUCACAUUGACACGCAACUACUAGUGUACUGUAAGUGUACAUAAGCUUGCAGAACAAUUCUACCCUUGUACCAUCUCUACCCUUGUUUGUUGUGAACAUAUUUUUCCCAAAAUGUUCACAAAAUUGAUAUAAUUUAUAACAUCACAGACACAGUCAAACACACUCACAGAUCCUGCAUCUCUACCCUUGUAAAGUACAAUCAAACUUACAGUCACAAUAUGCAAACUCAAUUCUCAUCUCUAUUGUGAGCCAUAUUUACAGUUAUCCAAUCACCUCAGCCCAAAUCUGACUGAUUAGUUAUUACCUGUAUCCAUGUGCAUUGCUGGAUCAUUCUCACUGCAUAACUGUCACCAUGAAAAAGCAUAAUCCUUGCUAUGCUUUGCGAUUUAAUGUGCCACUACAUAGCUUGCCUUAGUUACAGAGUCUUGAGUAGAGCACCUUUAGUAAACAUAUUUUGUUGGGAUUUUAAGUUUGUUGCAAGUUUUGAGGCCUUCCUUGCCUUUUCCUGAGAUGACAGAUUGCUAGAGUAGUUAGCAUGCUUGCUUGAAUAAUGAUGAUUGAGAUGAUAUUCCUUAAAAACGGCAACACUUUCUUGGCAUAUCAGACAUACCGCUUUAUGUCCAAUAUUAGUAAAAAAGUAUUUUGGUGUCCAUUCUUUAAACACAAGACAUUCAGAGUCCACUUUUCUCAUUUUCGCAGCACUCAUUUUUCACGUCAAAAGUCAUCAAGCAAUGAAGUGGCUAUGAUGACUGAGCGCAGUCUGAAUCUGACAGUAGGCCCAAAUACAGAGCGCGCUGCCAGGCUACAACACCAUCUAUUGGAGGUUAUUUUUUUAAUAUUUUUUUAAAUAUUUAAUAAUAUUUUUUUUUUUAUUUUUUUUUUUUUUUGGGGGGGGGGGGAUGGAUCAGCUUAAUAUUGCAGAUAGAUUGUAUCUUCUAUCAAUGUAAUUGUCUGCAUCACUUCCAAUCCCCCAUGUUUUUUUUAUUUUUUAUAUAUAUUCCCCUUUAUUACUUUUCAACCCCACCAUCCUUUCCCUACUUGGAGUAAAUUAGUGAACAACAACGCCCAGGCCUCUACUUCCGGUCUAUACUUACUAUCUACACCUUAUGGACAGAGUUAAUUUUACAAUAAUUCUAUAUAUAUAUAUAUAUAUAUAUAUAUAUAUAUAUAUAUAUAUAUAUAUAUAUAUAUAUAUAUAUAUAUAUAUACAUAUAUAUAUAUAUAUAUAUAUAUAUAUAUAUACAUACAUAUAUAUAUAUAUAUAUAUAUAUAUAUAUAUAUUUAUUUUUUAUUUAUUUUUUUGCUCCUGAACUACUUCUACUCUCAACCUCUCCGAUCAUUUUCAUGAUGUCCAUCCGGUUUGCUUCUAAAUGCCAUAUCUUUCUAACUGUGCUCUUUCCCAAAAGCUCCCAACAUACAACCUAUAUACUUAUUAUGGACACAGUAUGCUUACAUUAUUAGCUAUCUUUGUUAUUAUUUGUUGUUAUUUGUUAUUAGUCCCAUCCUUCAACUCUAUUCAAUACCUCCCAUCUAUCUCUUAACACCAUCCAUAUAGGAUUUCUAUUUGCCAUAUAUAUUUCAACCGUACUGUGAUGUUUUACAAAAGUUCUGAACCUUUCUAUUCUCAUUGCUUCUACAGAUUGUGAAUUAAAAAUAAACAUUUUUGCUAAAAGUAUUAUUAUAUUAUUGAUUGAUUGACUAUGACUUUUCAGAUCACCCAGUAAUGCUAUCUGCAAGGUUAGUUCCAGGUAAAUAUUGCAAUCCUUUAGCCAUUCCUGGACCUGUGUCCAAAAACAAGCUACAAAUGGACAGAACCAAAACAAAUGAUCUAAUGAUUCUAUCUCUUCACAGCAAAAUCUGCAGAGCUGGGAAGAUUGUAUCCCCCAUAUAAAUAACAUUCUAUUGGUAGCAAGAAUUUUAUAUAAUAAUUUAAAUUGAAAGAUUCUAAUUUUUUAAUCCGGUGUCGUUUUGCGUGUCAGUUCAUAAACACUAUGCCAUGGGAUCGGUACGUCAAAGAUCUCUUCCCAACUAUUUUGCAAUCUAUAUGGGACGGCUGUCAAUCCUUUGGUCCUUAAGUGAAACUGAUAUACUUUUUUAUUUAUCACAGUUUUCCUUAACCAAUUAUGUUCUUUAAUGCAAGGCCGACAGACAAGUUCCUUACUUUCUCCCCCUUCAACUUUCCUCUUCCACUUUUGCGGUAAGGCUGCAAUUAUUUGGUUGUAAUUUUGGGUAGAGCAGACAUUUCCAUAUGUUUUUGUUAGCUGCAUGUGCGACAUAACUCCACCAGUCCUACCGAUGAUAUCAUUUACGAAGAUUAUACCUUUUUUAAACAUUCUGUCAAAAAAUAAAGGUUUUUUGUCAAUUAGUAUAUUUGAAUUUAACCACAAUAUUUGUUGCAUUAUUUGUUCUGUCGUUUCUGGAGGAUUAAAUUGAAAUUGCAACCAACUUUCUAUGGCUUGUUUUAGAAAUAGUGACAUUUGGGAGAUUAUUUCCUUUUCAAAUAACUGAAAGUGAGAGGUUGUAAUCUGAAUAAAGGGAAAAAGGCCUUUCUUGAACAGUGACAGUUCGGAUUUAAGUAUAACUUUUGGAUGACUGAAGAUUUUAGUGAUAGGUCUAAUGCUUUAAUAUUUAAUAAUUUCUGUCCUCCUAAUUCAUAUUCAUUAUAUAAAUAUGCUCUUUUAAUUUUGUCUGGCUUGCCGUUCCAAAUAAAAUUGAAUAUUUUUUUCUCAUAUAAUUAAAAAAACUGUUUGCUAGGUGUAGGCAAGACCAUAAGCAAAUAGGUAAACUGGGAUAAUACUAAAGAGUUAAUCAGGGUGAUUUUUCCACAAAUUGACAGGUAUCUUCCUUUCCAUGGUAGUAAGAUCUUAUCUAUUUUUGCUAACUUUCUAUUAAAAUUUAUUGAAGUGAGAUCAUUUAUUUCCUUUGGGAUAUGUAUUCCGAGUAUAUCCACAUCACCAUCAGACCAUUUUAUUGGUAAACUACAUGGUAAUGUAAAAUUUUUAUUUUUUAGUGAUCCAAUACGUAAUAUAGUACAUUUGUCAUAAUUUGGUUUUAAUCCAGAGAGGUUAGAAAAUGUAUCUAGAUCCUCUAUGAGGCUGUGGAGGGAUUCUAGUUGUGGAUCUAAAAGAAAACAUGAAUCAUCUGCGUACAAUGACACCUUUGUUUUUAAGCCCUGUAUUUCUAAUCCUCUGAUAUUAUUAUUGGAUCUGAUUUUAAUAGCUAACAUCUCGAUGGCCACAAUAAAUAGAUAUGCCGAUAGUGGACAACCUUGUUUCACUCCUCUUGACAGUUUAAAACUUUCUGAGAAAUAGCCAUUAUUUACUAUUUUACACCUAGGGUUACUAUACAUGAUUUUGACCCAUUUUAUAAGAGAUUCUCCAAAAUUGAAAUGCUGCAAGCAUUUAUAUAUAAAUUCCAGUCGAACUUUAUCAAAUGCCUUUUCGAAGUCUGCUAUGAAUAGCAGGCCUGGUUUCCCAUAUUUUCCAUAGUGUUCUAUUGUUUCCAAUACUUGCCUUAUUGGAGGUUGUUUGUAUAUCAUGGAAUGAGUAAUUUUAGACCAAAAAUCGUAACUCAAAUAUAAUAAUAUUUAAUACAUUUUUUAAAAAGUAUUGUGGUACGGAUUGAAGUGCCCGGCGGGCCGGAUACGGCUCUAGACCAAGGGGAGGCAAAGUACGGCCCUUCAAUCCGGCCCGCAAGAAAUAUUUUGAAUGUAUUAAAUAUUAUUAUAUUUCUGCGAAAAUGAGAAAAGUGGAUUCUGAAUGUCGUGUGUUUAAAAAAGAAUGAACAGCAAAAUACUUUUUUUUACUAAUAUUGGACAUAAGGCGGUGACGAUUCCCACGGGGGGCCAGUAUAAAAAAUAAAAAAAAUAAAAAAAUGUAUUCACUAACUGUAAGUCGCUCUGGAUAAGAGCGUCUGCUAAAUGACUAAAAUGUAAAUGUAAAUGUGAUGGGUGAGGAGCUAAUCUCCGAGUUGAAGAAAAAAGCAGAUGCCUUCGAUCUUUUUUCUAUAGCACUGGAUGAGAGUACUGACAUCAGAGACACCGCUCAACUUUUAAUUUUUGUCAGAGGAAUAAAUGAGAACUUUGAAAUAACAGAGGAACUUCUUGCGAUGGAAUCAAUGAUGGGAACAACCAGGGGCUCUGAUUUAUACGACAGGGUGUCUGCCUGCCUGGAUAAAAUUAAUCUACCAUGGAGCAAACUGACAAACGUCACAACAGAUGGAUCACCAAAUCUAACCGGUAAAAACAUUGGCCUACUAAAAAGAUUACAAGACAAAGUAAAAGAAGAAAGCCCUAACUCGGAGGAAUUUAUAUUUCUUCACUGUAUUAUUCAUCAGGAAGCCCUGUGUAAAUGUGUGUUAAAGCUGGAAAAUGUUGUCAAAGUGGUUGUAAAACGUGUCAACUUUAUACGGGCAAGGGGGCUUAACCAUCGUCAGUUCAUUCAGCUACUCAAUGACACAGAGGCAGAGCACCAGGACUUGUUGUACCAUUCAAAUGUGCGCUGGCUAAGCCUGGGGAAAGUAUUUCGCUGUGUGUGGGAACUGAGAGGGGAGAUGGGUAUGUUCCUUGACAGGGUUGGUAAAGCUGACGACUUCUCCGAGUUGAAAGACACAGACUGGCUGGGCGACUUUGCUUUUGAUGUGGACAUAUUGGGGCAUCUGAACGAUCUAAAUGUGAAACUGCAGGGAAAUUGUGUUUUUGUGCAUAAACUGUAUUCCAACGUGAAAGCAUUCAAGGCCAAACAAAUGAGCAGUCGGUCUCUCGCUCAUUUUCCGACACUGGCCGCGCUGAACGCGCCCACAUUGCAGUGCGACACUGAGACAUAAAGUAGCACUUUGAUCGACCUGCAUGCUGACUUUUCCUGCCGCUUCUGACUUCACUAAGAUUGAGACUGAGCUGGAGCUUGUAUCAUGUCCCCUGUCUUUCGACAGUGAGAAAGCACCACCAGACACACAAUUGGAGCUCAGCGACAUCCAAUGUGACAGUGCUUUGAAGGAGAAGUACAAAACAGCAACAAUAGACCAGUUCUAUGGCUCACUGAAAGAAACAGUGACUGGGAUAGGCAAGGAUUAUGCUUUUUCAUGGUGAUGGUUAUGCAGUGAGAAUUAUCCAGCAAUGCACUUGGAUACAGGUAAUAACUAAUCAGUCAGAUUUGGGCUGAGGUGAUAACUGUAAAUAUGGCUCACAACGGAGAUGAGAAAUGUUCCUUAAUAUACUUUCAAAAACAGACCAUUCCAAAUUAAACGGAUGCUCUUGCCAUGUUUCACUCAAAUUUUAGAAUUUGCAUGUCUCCAGUCAUAUAAUAUACAUCUAUUUUGAAGUUUGAUUGUACUUUACAAGGGUAGAGAGGCAGGAUCUGUGUGACUGUCUGUGAUGUUAUAAAUUAUAUCAAUUUUGCAAAUUUGUUUGAAAACCUUGUUCACAAAAAACAAGGGUAGAGAUGGUACAAGGGUAGAAUUGUUCUGCAAGCAUAUGUACACUUACAGUACACUAGUAUGUGGCCCUUGAGCCAAAAGGUUUGCCCACCCCUGGUCUAGAGUUUAGACUAUUUUGGGUUAUUGUGGACCUCCUUUCAGAUAAAAAAAUUCUCCCUCUUCACCCUAGCGCGAGUGCAUCUCUAUCCACGUGGGUCAGGCUGGUGUCCAGAUUGGCAAUGCCUGUUGGGAGCUCUACUGUCUGGAGCAUGGGAUCCAGCCGAAUGGACAGAUGCCAUCAGACAAAGCGAUCGGAGGAGGAGGAGACGACUCCUUCAACACCUUCUUCAGUGAGACGGGGGCUGGAAAGCAUGUUCCCAGGGCUGUGUUUGUGGACCUGGAGCCCACAGUUAUAGGUAAGCUUUCCCUCUUAAGAAAAAAAGGUUAUACUUAGGACCAUAAAGGGUUCUUCGGCUUGUCCCUGUAGAACAGGAGUAUUGAAAUCUUAUACGAUGUCCGGAAUACUGCUGGUUUUCUGUUACCUGAUAAUUAAUUGCACCUAUUUGUUGUCCCAGGUCUAUAUCAGUCCCUGAUAUAGACCUGAUAUAGAGAAAAAAAACAGUAGAACUGACUUCGAGGUCCAAAUUUGAAUUUGAAGGUUGUUGAAAAACCCUGGUUCCAGAACCCUUUCCAACAAAAAUAAACCUUUUAGAACCCUUUCUUCCAUGGUGAAGGUUCUCAGAUGAAAAAGGUUCCAUGCAGAACCCUAGUCUCUGUAGAAGAACCCUUUUAGAACUUCCUGGUCUGUUUUUCAUAAGCUGCUAAGUUUUUCUUCUCAGAUGAAGUGCGCACUGGGACCUACCGCCAGUUAUUCCAUCCUGAACAGCUCAUCACUGGCAAAGAGGAUGCUGCCAACAACUACGCCCGUGGGCAUUACACUAUUGGCAAAGAGAUCAUUGACCUGGUGCUGGAUAGGGUCCGCAAACUGGUGGGUACCACAGAAUUAAUCGCUAAAAUCUUUUAUCAACUAAAUGAUCAGAAUGUGGACAUCUUGUGUGCUCCUUUUAUUGACAUGUUCCUCCUUCUCCUCAGUCUGAUCAGUGCACAGGCCUUCAGGGCUUCCUGGUUUUCCACAGCUUUGGAGGUGGCACCGGCUCUGGUUUCACCUCUCUGCUGAUGGAGCGCCUGUCUGUUGACUACGGCAAGAAGUCCAAGCUGGAGUUCUCCAUCUACCCAGCUCCCCAGGUGUCCACAGCUGUGGUGGAACCUUACAACUCCAUCCUAACCACCCACACCACCCUAGAGCACUCUGACUGUGCCUUCAUGGUGGAUAAUGAGGCUAUAUAUGACAUCUGCCGUAGGAACCUCGACAUUGAGCGUCCUACCUACACUAACCUCAACAGGCUCAUUAGCCAGAUCGUUUCCUCCAUUACUGCUUCCCUUCGAUUCGAUGGUGCUCUCAAUGUUGAUCUGACAGAGUUCCAGACCAACUUGGUACCCUAUCCCCGAAUUCAUUUUCCUCUGGCCACCUAUGCCCCAGUUAUCUCUGCAGAGAAGGCUUACCAUGAGCAGCUCUCUGUGGCUGAAAUCACCAAUGCCUGCUUUGAGCCGGCCAAUCAGAUGGUGAAAUGCGACCCUCGCCACGGUAAGUACAUGGCAUGUUGCCUUCUGUACCGUGGUGAUGUGGUGCCCAAAGAUGUCAAUGCUGCCAUUGCCACCAUCAAGACCAAACGUUCUAUUCAGUUUGUUGACUGGUGCCCAACUGGUUUCAAGGUUGGGAUCAACUACCAGCCCCCCACUGUAGUCCCUGGUGGAGAUCUGGCCAAAGUCCAGAGGGCUGUGUGCAUGCUGAGCAACACCACUGCUAUUGCAGAGGCCUGGGCUCGGCUUGAUCACAAGUUUGAUUUGAUGUAUGCUAAACGUGCCUUUGUGCACUGGUAUGUGGGUGAGGGGAUGGAGGAGGGAGAGUUCUCUGAAGCCAGAGAGGACAUGGCAGCCCUGGAGAAGGAUUACGAAGAGGUGGGGGUUGACACCGUCGAGGGUGACGGACAGGAGGAGGGAGAGGAGUAUUGAGUGUUCAUGCAAGGAUGCCCUUGGCUCCCAUAUCUUAUAAUAGCACAAUUUCAAAAGCAAUGCAUUUCUUCUUACAGUUUGAUAUUUUCUUGCUGCUUGCUUAGGUUUAAACACAACUGGUUUGUUAUAGUGAUAAUCACAGUUUUUCUUUGUGUUUCAUUAAAGAUUCACCAAUAAAAGUGUGUGUAUUUUUUGUUGUAUACCUUUUCAUCAAUUACUUAUCAAUGUUUUUAAAACUCCAACAUAUUCAACAGAAGUAGAGGAAUCUGUAUAUGGUAGACCUAGAUUAAUUCUUAAAAAAUACUGCAGUUACAAUGUAGUGACAUUUUUAUACUUUGGAGACAUACUAACUGUAAUUGUAGUACUGCAGUUUUGGAAAUAUAACUGCAGUUAUACAGUGUUACUUCAACUUCCACAAGUAAGCUCUGAAGAUGCUUACUUAAACCACACGCAUAUGGGAGAGAUACUUUGACAUAUUCUACUCUGAUAGCCAAUUGGGACAAGGCAUAUGGUAAGAUCUUCCAAUCAGUUUCGGCAAAGCCUGUCCACUGUAUCGUAGAAGUAUAAAUUGCGCCAUCUUUCAAAUGUUCUAUCAGACUUCUUACUACAGUCUCCCAAAGAUAAGCAUGUGAGAGUUAAACUAAAAGAAAAUUCAAUUUCUCCGCACCACAUCUUGAAAUUUCUCAACUUAAACAUGGUGAGUACACACAAAUCAUAUUAUUGUUCGUUUCAAUAAUUUAGUAUCUUCUUACAAUAGUUAAAUCAAAGUAGUUUCUAUUUUAUUUUUUCAACAUAAUUAAUCAAUUUGACUAAAACAUUAAUUUUUGUCAUAAUCUUACACAGAUGUCAUUUUGUAACCCAAACCAAAAUGCAAAUCAAUCUCAAUAAUUUUGUUAACUUCAGCCAACUACUCUUAACAAAACUUGAUGUUGAACUGAUGUCUCUUCUUAGUGACAUCUCUCCUGCUUUGAUGUCUGCAUUAGAAGCGACCCAGGGAUGAUGACGCACUGUACAUUUGACAUUUUAGUCAUUUAGCAGACGCUCUUAUCCAGAGCGACUUACAGUUAGUGAGUGCGUACAUUUUUUUUUUCUUUUUUCGUAGAGGCAAAUGUAAACUCAGUUAUUCGCACUCAAAAUGUAUUCAAAUAAAUUGCCUCGUUUAUGAAGUAGGCUGAAAGUAAUGAGUAACCUGUAAUCUUGUUAUUCAUUUAGAACUCAAAUAUGACAUGAGAUAUUUCAGAAUGUCUGAUGAUAUCAAAGUUUAAACUGCUUUGCUGAUAUGCUAUUACAUGUAAAAAAUUGAGUGCCAUAGUAAAAAUACCUUGAUUUAACGUUUCAUAUGUGGUUAGCAGGUCUACUAAAUCCGUUUGAAGUCAAAUGCAUUCAUUCUUUGGAAUGUGUUGAUCAGAUGGUAAUUGUUUUGUCAAAUUAGUCACCCAUGGUAGGUUAUGUGUUACAUUUAGUUUUAAAAACACUGCCUGUUUGUCUGUUUAACAGGUGAUCACUUGUUUCUUCAGUCAGGUGAUGUGUCCCCAUGUGUUCUGGUUUAAACCGAUAGCCUAUCUUCUACAAUGAAAGCAUUUUCUGUCAUGCCCCAAGCCCCGACCUCUCCUCGCCUACAGAGUUGCUAAGAAUGAAACAGAACAAACUCUAGGAAAUUGCCAAUUUUAAACAAAUGAAAUAUUGUUGUUACUAUUCCAGUUUUAGAUGAAUGUUUUGGUCCAAUUGUCUAUUAUGCCCAUAGAUAUUCUAAGAACUUUUUUAUUUCAGAAGAUUGUAAAGUAGAACUUGACAGUGAUAAUUUCCUUUGGACUAUGACUUGGCCUAUGUGUAUUUAUAGUUAAUACUUGAUCGAUUUUCUAAUUAAAAGUAUUUAUUGCUCUGAGAAAGUUGUAAACAACUCUCUUUCCGCAGUUCGAGUGCAUCUCCAUCCACGUGGGUCAGGCUGGAGUCCAGAUUGGCAAUGCCUGCUGGGAGCUCUACUGCCUGGAACAUGGGAUCCAGCCAGACGGACAGAUGCCCAGUGACAAGAACAUUGGAGGAGGAGAUGACUCUUUUAACACCUUCUUCAGUGAGACUGGGGCUGGAAAGCAUGUUCCCAGGGCUGUGUUUGUAGACCUGGAGCCACAGUCAUAGGUAAGCUUUCUGUUUAUUACAUUGAGUCAAAGGUAUUUGUUAGAUAUCAUGUUUUGCUUUCAUGGUAUUGAGGUCCUCCAUGAGCUACUGAUUUCUCUCCUCAGAUGAGGUGCGCACUGGGACCUACCGCCAGUUAUUCCAUCCUGAACAGCUCAUCACUGGCAAAGAGGAUGCUGCCAACAACUACGCCCGUGGGCAUUACACUAUUGGCAAAGAGAUCAUUGACCUGGUGCUGGACAGGAUCCGCAAACUGGUGGCUAUCUCAGAAUGAAUUAACUAUUUUAUCGACUAUCUGAUCAGAAUGUCCUCCUUUUAUUGACGUUUUUUUCUCUUUCUCUUCAGGCUGACCAGUGCACAGGCCUUCAGGGCUUCCUGGUUUUCCACAGCUUUGGAGGUGGCACCGGCUCUGGUUUCACCUCUCUGCUGAUGGAGCGCCUGUCUGUUGACUACGGCAAGAAGUCCAAGCUGGAGUUCUCCAUCUACCCAGCUCCCCAGGUGUCCACAGCUGUGGUGGAACCUUACAACUCCAUCCUGACCACCCACACCACCCUAGAGCACUCUGACUGUGCCUUCAUGGUGGAUAAUGAGGCUAUAUAUGACAUCUGCCGUAGGAACCUCGAUAUUGAGCGUCCUACCUACACUAACCUCAACAGGCUCAUUAGCCAGAUUGUUUCCUCCAUCACUGAUUCCCUUCGAUUCGAUGGUGCCCUCAAUGUUGAUCUGACAGAGUUCCAGAACAACUUGUUGCCCUAUCCACAAAUUCAUUUCCCUCUGGCUACAUAUGCCCCAGUCAUCUCUGCAGAGAAGGCAUACCAUGAGCAGUUAACUGUCUCUGAAAUCACCAAUGCCUGCUUUGAGCCAGCCAACCAGAUUAUGAAAUGUGACCCUCGCCACGGCAAGCAUAUGUCAUGCUGCCUUCUGUACCGUGGUGAUCUGGUGCCCAAAGCUGUCAAUGCUGCUAUUGCAGAUAGACCAAACGUUCUAUUCAGUUUGUUGACUGGUGUCCAACUGGUUUCAAGAUUGGCAUCAACUACCAGCCCCCCACUGUAGUCCCUGGUGGAGACCUGGCCAAAGUCCAGAGAGCUGUGUGCAUGCUGAGCAACAACACUCCUGUGGCAGAGGCCUGGGCUCGGCUUGACCACAAGUUUGACCUGAUGUACGCCAAACGUGCCUUUGUGCACUGGUAUGUGGGUGAGGGGAUGGAGGAAGGAGAGUUUGCUGAGGCCAGAGAGGACAUUGCAGCUCUGGAAAAAGAUUAUAAAGAGGUGGGACGUGACAGCGGUGAAGGAGAUGAGGACGGAGAACAGUACUAG